AUUGUGGUUGUGAUAUACUGCUGCAAGUGCCGUCAUUUCGCAAAGGGUGUGAGUGGAGAGUGAACUUCCAACUGCGUUUUGACUCAAAUUUCCGCCGAAAUUACCAAAAUGGAAGCCCUAAUACCAGUCAUAAACAAACUUCAAGAUGUCUUCAAUACCGUGGGAUCCGAUGUUAUCCAAUUACCGCAGAUCGUUGUUGUUGGUACACAGAGUAGUGGAAAGAGUUCUGUCCUUGAGAAUUUAGUCGGCAGAGAUUUUUUGCCAAGGGGUAGCGGGAUAGUCACUAGAAGACCACUGGUUCUGCAGAUGAUUCACAUCGAUCCCGAUGACAAGAAGACUAUUGGAGCUGACGGAGAAGAUGAAAUUCAGGCCGACGAGUGGGGCAGGUUCCUGCACACCAAGAGCAAAAUCUACACGGACUUUGACGAGAUACGAGAUGAGAUUCAGAACGAGACGGACAGGAUGGCCGGCUCAAAUAAGGGUAUCUGUCAAGACGCUAUCAAUCUCAAGAUCUUUUCUCCCAAAGUACUGAACCUGACGCUGGUGGAUCUGCCUGGUUUGACAAAGGUUGCCGUUGGUGACCAGCCAGAAGACAUAGAGAUACAAAUCCGCGACAUGAUCCUUCAGUACAUCAGCAAUCCCAACUCAAUCAUUCUUGCCGUUACCGCAGCCAACACGGACAUGGCCACAUCGGAGGCACUCAAGCUAGCCAAGGAGGUGGAUCCAGACGGAAGACGAACUCUUGCAGUGAUUACUAAACUAGAUUUAAUGGAUGCUGGUACUGAUGCUGUGGACAUACUCUGUGGAAGAGUUAUACCUGUCAAGCUCGGCAUUAUUGGUGUCGUUAACAGAAGCCAGAUGGACAUCAACCAGAAAAAGCAAAUCUCAGAUGCAAUAAGGGACGAGGCCGGAUACCUUCAACGGAAAUACCCAGCUUUGGCUAAUCGCAACGGAACGCAGUACCUUGCCAAAACUCUCAACAGGUUACUGAUGCACCACAUCCGGGACUGUUUACCCGAGCUGAAGACGCGGGUCAACGUGAUGAGCUCCCAGUUCCAGCAACUCCUGGCGUCGUUUGGCGAGCCCGUGGACGACAAGAGUCAAACGCUGCUGCAGAUCAUCACCAAGUUUGCUGCCAGUUACUGUGCCACCAUCGAGGGAACGGCUAGGAAUAUUGAAACGUCGGAAUUGUGUGGAGGUGCUCGCAUUUGUUAUAUUUUCCACGAGACGUUUGGCCGGACGUUAGACGGUAUUGACCCGCUGGGUGGGCUGAGGACUAUCGACAUCUUGACGGCGAUCCGAAAUGCCACGGGUCCCCGUCCAGCCCUCUUCGUCCCCGAGGUUUCCUUUGAGCUUCUCGUCAAGCGUCAGAUUCGUCGUCUGGAGGAGCCCAGCCUACGCUGCGUGGAGCUGGUCCACGAGGAGAUGCAACGCAUCAUACAGCACUGCGGUACGCAGGAGAUGCUACGAUUCCCCCUGCUACACGAUCACGUGGUUGACGUGGUGACGGCGCUGCUCAGAAACCGACUGCCCACCACAAACUCAAUGGUGGAGAAUCUGGUGGGCAUUGAGCUGGCCUACAUCAACACAAAGCACCCGGACUUUGCUGACGCUAGUCUGGUCAACGCACUGGUGGAUUAUCAAGAAAGAGAGCUGAAGAAGAAGAAAAAUGAGCUGGUUCCGGCCUCAGCAUUGGCUGUUGAUCCGCAGACGAACAAAGUUGAUAAAGUAACAAAGGCUGUUUCCCAACUGGCAGCAACGGACGGCAUCACCGCACCCAAAGACCUCCGUGAAUCCUCAGGCAGCGCGAGCACCGUGGGCUCCUGGGUUCCCACUUGGGUACGAGGGUCAUCUGGUGCCGCCAAGGUUGCGACUGCGGAUGGGGCUGGGGUAGUACCGGCCACGCCCCCACAGACUCAGAGCCCCAAAGUGGACAAGAAGAACCACGGUCUUAACCUUCUCCCCGAUGUUCCGGAUGUUCCACUAAAUAGGAAGUUAUCCUCAAGAGAGCAAAGAGAUGUUGAUGUCAUCAAGAGACUGAUCAUGAGUUACUUCCUAAUCGUCCGUAAGAACAUCCAGGACAGUGUUCCCAAGGCCAUCAUGCACUUCCUGGUCAACUUCGUCCAGGAUAACUUACAGAGUGAGCUGGUAGGUAAGCUGUACAAGCAAGAAGCAAUCGAGACACUGCUCAAGGAAUCGGAACACAUGUCGCAGAGGAGGAAAGACGCUCAGGAGAUGCUACAGGCCCUUCAGAAAGCUAGUCAUAUAAUCAGCGAAAUCCGGGAGACGCAUGUCUGGUGAGCUUCAAUCAUCUUAAUCCGUAGAAUAGGGGUGGGUGAAAUAUUAAAAAGGGCUGGCCAAGUUAGGACAUCAUCUUAAAUUCAGCCUUCAAAGGCAUUUAGAAAUGCAAACCUCAGUAGCUGAAUACUUUAAUUUUGAAUUGUAAACAUGUAAAUAACAACUUUUUGCAAUUUUGUUUCAUUUUUGUAUCUUCAAGUUUUUUCGUUCCGAUGUGUAACAUGUUUGUUUUAUAUUUUGUUCUGGGUUAGCCUACUGAUUCUUGGUGUUUUUUCAGUUCUGAUUUGUCAUCCUGACGGUAAACUAAAUGUCUCCUGCGAUUUAUGUUUUUUUUCCUUAGAAAAAUCUCAUUCCUUGGUUAGCCAUUUCAAUUUUUCUUUUGACAUUGGAUAGAACUUUAACAUUUGACAGUUUUGAAACUGGAUUUCAUACUAUCGCUUUCCCAAAAUGAUAAAAUGAUCACAUUCUUUGCAGUUUGAUUAUUUUAGAGUGGCGCAUUAGAAAACUCAUGAAAUAAGGAAAUGAAAUUCUUGCGGUAUGUUGCAAAAUUUGGUAAGACAUGGAAGAAACUAAACACUUAACUUUCAUUCUAAAAAAAUAGGGUACAAAAA